ACGUCUCGGAAGAGAUACCCCCUCAUGACAAUGACCGCAGUGAUCGCGGCUCUUGCCCUCAUUAUCGGGCUGGUGCUGGGCCUGCCUCAGGGGAAUAGUGGGGGGAAUGGUGGAUCUGCUGGAGCCUCGGAGGGGAGGACAAGCCCACCAUGGUACCCUAGUCGUACGUUCCUCAUUCCUCUGUCACUGGCAUUCCUUCCAUCCUGGUUAAAAAAAUUCCGUCGCUGACCUUCAUCAUUUCAUCUUUAGCUAAGGGAGGGACUGUGGAUCAAUGGGCGGAAAGCUAUGGGAAAGCCGCGAGUCUAGUACGAAAGAUGAGCUUGGCCGAGAAAGUUAAUGUCACCACAGGGACUGGGUGGUCGAUGGGCCCCUGUGUAGGGAAUACUGGAACCACAAAUGUUGGUUUCCCUUCUUUGUGUCUUCAGGAUGGGCCGCUUGGUGUCAGAUUUGCGGAUUCUAUCACCGUGUUCCCGGCGGGGAUCACAACUGCUGCGACAUGGUCAAGGAAGCUUAUGUACGACCGCGCAAGAGCGCUAGGUAAAGAGGCUAGAGGGAAGGGUGUUAAUGUGUUACUCGGCCCUUGCGUUGGCCCUAUCGGCCGGUCUCCUCUGGGUGGGAGGAAUUGGGAGGGCUUCGGGAGUGACCCAUAUCUACAGGGAAUCGCGGGGGGCUUGAGUGUCCAGGGGAUACAAGACGAAGGAGUUAUUGCAACUGCAAAGCACUUUGUUGCCAAUGAGCAAGAGAAGUGAGGAUACCCCCCCCCCCCCACCGAUACUUCACAAGAUGUCACUCGAACGGAAUUUCUGGUUGAGGGAGAACUGCGUUGACUAAUCCGGGGGUUUUAGAUUUCGUCAGCUCUCCGAAAUUUUGAGUCAAGGUUUCAAAGACGUCAUUGCUCCUCUUAGUUCAAAUAUUGGUGACAGGGCAUUAAGGGAAUUGUACAUUUGGCCCUUCAUGGAUACCGUUCGUAUGGGACUGGGAAGUGUCAUGUGCGGCUAUAAUCAAGUGAGUAUAGCGUGCGGCCACUCCCCCAAGAGUGAGAAACAUAUUAACCCUUUGCCUUAGAUUAACAAUUCGAAUGCCUGCCAAAAUAGCUAUAUCUUGAACGGGAUACUUAAGGACGAAUUGGGAUUCCAGGGGUUUGUGAUGAGCGAUUGCAUGUGCCUCCUUGAGACGUAUUUGCAUCCUUUCUAACAGGUUUCAGGGCUCGGCCAGAGAAGCGGGGUUGCCAGCGUUCUUUCCGGAAUGUAAGCAACGCAUUAAGGGGGAUCAUGGAGAUCGGACGCUGAUAUCAAGAUAGGGACAUGACUAUGCCUGGAGACGGGCUCUUGUGGGCUGAUGGAAACUCACUCUUGGGUCCGCAGCUCACUCGGGCCGUGUUGAAUGGUAGCGUACCUAUCGAUAGAUUGGAUGACAUGGUUCUACGGAUCGUGGCAAGGUGAGUCUCCCCCCAAAAUCAUGUAGGGGUUUUCAGGCUUACCCUGUGCUUCGCAUAUAUAGCUGGUACCAAAUCGGGCAGGAUGAUGCGUCUUACCCCCGCCCCAACUUUUCCAGUUGGUUCAGGACCUCCGUUGGCCCAACCUAUGUCGGCGCGGGCCCUUCUGCAGGACACAGCCUGCAGAACCUUUAUGCAGACGUUAGGGAUGACCAUCACGAAGUUGCAAGGGCGAUCGCCGCCGAAAGCAUCACACUCCUAAAGAACAUCAAUGGGGCUCUACCACUCAAAUCUGGAAAAGAAGCGAAGAAAUCUAUCAUGAUAUUUGGAAGCGAUGCUGGCCCAAAUCUCCUGGGCCCUAAUGGCUGCCCCGACAGAAGUUGCAACAAUGGAACCUUAGGACAGGGCUGGGGCUCCGGCAGUGCUGAAUACGCAUACUUGGUCACGCCUCUUGAAGCCAUCCAAGCAAAGGCAUUGGCUGAUAGAACAAUGGUUGAGUAUGUUUUGGAUGAUUAUCACUACGGUAGAAUUAAUUUCACAGCCGAAAAGACGCCAAACGCAACCUGCCUGGUUUUUGUGAAUAGCGAUUCCGGGGAGGGAUAUACAUCCGCCGAGGGUGUGUUAGGAGAUAGGGUUGAUCUGAAACUGUGGCAUGGAGGUGAUAAGCUGAUCCUCUCUGUUGCCGAAAGAUGUAGCAACACCAUUGUCAUCAUUCAUUCCGUAGGCCCUGUUGACAUGGAGGUAAGAUCCCUAAAUUGUCUGCUUUUUGGGCGUCUACUAAUGGGGGAUAAGGCCUGGAUUGAGCACAAGAACGUUACCGCUGUUUUAAUGGCACACCUUCCUGGCCAGGAGAGUGGCACAGCGUUACUAGAUGUCCUCUAUGGAAUAACAAAUCCCAGCGGCAGGCUUCCUUACACAAUAGGGAAAUCACUAGCGGAUUACGGCCCCGCAGCACCUAUCAUGAUGCAACCUGGGGGAUCCGUCCCACAGCAAGAUUUCUCCGAAGGCCUUUACAUCGACUACCGCCACUUCGAUAGGGAACGGAUAGCCCCCCGUUUCGAAUUCGGCUUCGGGCUUUCUUACACCACCUUUGAAUUCUCUAACAUGAGAAUCACCCAAACCCGUGCUCCAACCGAAUUCCCGCCAGCCCGGCCGGUUGGCGUCCCCGCACCAGAGCUAAACUCCACAAUUCCUCCCUCCUCGGAACUCGGUUUCCCGCCGGGCAUAAAGCGCUUGCAGAGGUACAUCUACCCAUACCUCAACGACACAAGCAUCACGAAAUCGCCGGAACCAUACCCAUACCCGUCCGGAUACUCCACAACUCCACACGAACCUUCACCUGCCGGGGGCGCACAGGGUGGCCAUCCAGCGCUCUUUGACGUGAUCUUCCAUGUUACUGUAUCUGUCAAGAACACCGGUAGCGUUCCAGGCAAAGCUGUCCCGCAGUUAUACAUUAGCUACCCGAACAGCACAGGCGUGGACUUUCCCGUGCGCUCUCUGAGAGGGUUUGAGAAAGUUGGUGCUGGACCGGGCGAGACGGUGGAUGUUGGGUUUGACAUCACGAGGCGGGAUAUAAGUUAUUGGGACGAGAAGAGGGGGAAUUGGAGGAUCCCUCUUGACAAGGAGGGGAAUAUCGGAUCUUAUGAGAUUUUUGUGGGGGAUAGCUCGAGAGGGGAGGGUGUUACUGGGAGGACGGAGGUCGUUCAGGUUUGA